AUGCCUAUUUAUGACCCCAAUUCUGGGCGCGCGUUCAUAUGGCUCAUCACUUGUUUCUUAUUCAUCUCUAUAGUCGCAGGAGGCGGGUGCCUUGCGGCAUAUAUGGUCCUUCCUGAAUCAGAAGCUGCAUCUUGGUUACCCGUAGUUGGGGUUACAUUGGUUUGCCUACCAUGGGCGUUUUGGUUUUUAACUUUCUUAUACAGAAUCUUCUCAAGGUGUUGUGGAUGUAGAGUUGGAAUUGACAUUGUUAAUGGUGGAGGUGGAGGUGGGGGUGGAGGAGGUGGAGGAGGAAAUUGGGGUGCUGCAAAUGCACAUGAAAAUGCAGAUGUUGAGGUUGCAGCUCAAACAAAAGGUGGCGGGUUAAACAGGGCAUCAUCUGUUGCUUCACAUGAGAGUGAAAUGGCAUUGACAAAUUCUAUGGUCUCGUGA